AAAUUAGGGUUUUCAUCUCUGUUUAUGCAUAAACAUAUCUGUUACUCAAAUUCAGAGUCUUUUUGUAGGAUUACAUCUCAAGUAUGGCAGAAAAGGCAGUGACAAUUCGGACGAGGAAGUUCAUGACCAACAGACUCCUCUCCAGGAAGCAAUUUAUCAUUGAUGUUCUUCAUCCUGGAAGGGCCAACGUUUCUAAGGCAGAGUUGAAGGAGAAGCUGGCAAGGAUGUACGAUGCGAAAGACACAAAUGCUAUUUUUGUUUUCAAGUUCCGAACACAUUUUGGAGGUGGGAAAUCGACUGGAUUUGGUUUGAUUUAUGAUUCAGUUGAGAAUGCAAAGAAGUUUGAGCCAAAAUACAGGCUUAUCAGGAAUGGACUAGCAACCAAGGUUGAGAAGUCGAGAAAGCAAAUGAAGGAAAGGAAGAACCGAACUAAGAAAAUCCGAGGAGUUAAGAAGACAAAGGCUGGUGAUGCUGCUAAGGCUGGAAAGAAGAAGUGAGUUUCCCUUUUCUUGGUGCCUCAGGAGAGUAUUUUAUGAUGUUAGAUUUGAGUUUAUUUAUUUUUUAUUUUUUAUUUUAAAUUAAAUUUAUUCAAUUUGCAAUCUAAAUCAUUAUAUUAUUAAUAC